UCACUGUGAUAUCAGACCUGGAUUGGGUCAGAAGUAGUAGUCAAGAAUUGAAGGAUAUAUGUUUUGAAACCUCCCUCUUGAAAGAGUUCAAAUCAUAGGAAGGUGGAAAUACAGUAGCAGGCAGGGAGUUCCAGAGUUUACCAGAGAAAGGGAUGAGUGACUGACUGAGAAUACUGGUUAACUCUUGCAUUAGAGAGGUGGACAGAACAGGGGUGAGAGAAACAAGUCUUGUGCAGUGAGGCCAUGGGAGGAGGGGAGACGUGCAGUUAGCAAGAUCAGAAGAGCAGUUAGCAUGAAAAUAGUGGUAGAAGACAGCUAGAGAUGCAACAUUGCAGCAAUGAGAAAGAGGCUGAAGACAGAAGAGAGUUGAUGAGAUGAAAAGCUUUUGAUUCCAUCCUGUCUAGAAGACUGGUAUGAGUGGAAUCCCCCAGACAUGUGAAUCAUACUCCAUACAUAGACAGAUAAGGCUCCUGUACAGAGUUAGUAGCUGGAAGGGUGAGAAAAAAUAAUGGAGAUGUCUCAGAACACCUAACUUCAUAGAAGAUGUUUUAGCUAGAGAUGAGAUGUGAAGUUUCCAGUUCAGAAUAUAAGUAAAGAUGUUCAGUGUAGAAGAGGGGGACAGUUGAGUGUCAUUGAAGAAGAGGGGAUAGUUGUCUGGAAGGUUGUGUUGAGUUGAUAGAUGGAGGAAUUGAGUUUUUGAGGCAUUGAACAAUACCAAGUUUGCUUUACUCCGAUCAGAAAUUUUUGAGAGAUCAGAAGUCAGGCGUUGUGUGGCUUCCCUGCAUGAACUGUUUUCUUCCUGAAGGGUUGGACGUCUACGAAAAGAUGUGAAAAAGUGCAUGGUGAUAUCACCAGCAUACCAUGCUUACCAUGAUGGUGAAUACAAUGAGACAGUGGGUGAACGAACUUACAAGAUACAAAGAAGAAGAACCAUCACAGUUGGACUUAGUGUUUACAAAAAAUCCUAGAAAGUAGACCAAGUAUACAUUGUCUGAGUCCACUGGGAAGAAGUGAUCAUGUGACAAUAGAAAUAAUGCCACAGGAGGAAAAAGUGUUGCACAGGAAUGAACAAUUUUGAAAUGGGAGACAGAACUAUUCUUAGGCAAACUUUGCAGAACUUAAUAAAUUUUAUGGAGAAAUUAACUGGGAAGAACUAUUUAAAGGUAAAGUAGUGCAAGAAAAAUGAGAUAUUUUUGAGUAAGUAUAGAGAGGGGGUGCAACAGUUUGUGCCAAGUUAUAAAGUGUAAAUUUGGAAGCAUGAAUGGUAUAAUGGCAGGUGAGUAGAAGCAAAAAGGAAAAAGGACAGGGCUUGGAGGAAAUGAUGAGACAACUGAACACAAAUACUAGGGAAGAAUACAGAAAGGCAAGGAAUGAAUAUGGUAUAAUAAGAAAAGAAGAAGAAAGAAAUUUUGAAAGUGAGAUAAUAAGAAAAUGCAAGGAAGAGCCCAAACUCUUCUACAGAUACAUAAACAGGAAAAUGAAACAUAGGGAUGACAUAAACAAGUUAAGAAGAGAAGGAAGAAUUUAUGAAACUACUGAGGAGAUGAGUGAACUAAUGAAUGAGAGUUUUCAGUCCACAUUUACAAAGGAAACUGAUUUUGUGGCACUGAAAGUGGUAUCACAGAAUGAGGGAAUACAGGAAAUACAAGUAAAGAGACAACAAAUCAAGAAACUGCUGAAGAGCUGGAUGUUAGAAAAGCUGUGGGACCAGAUCAAGUAAAUGGAUGGAUAUUAAAAGAAUGCAGAGAACAAAUGGAAAAAUCCAUAUGGGAUAUAAUUAACAGCUUGUUGAGAGAAGGAAAAGUACCAAGGGAAUGGAAAAGAGCUAACAAAGUCCCAAUAUACAAACAGGGAAGUUAAAUGGAACCAUUGAAUUACAGACUAGUGUCACUAACAAGUAUUGUAAGCAAGCUUUGUGAAAUAGUGAUUAAAGACAGAUGGGUGCAGUAUUUAGAAGAUGAAAAGAUAAUUACAGAAAAGCAAUUUGGAUUCAGAAAAGGGAUAUCCUGUGUCACAAAUCUACUGAGCUUCUAUACAAGAGUAAUAGAUGGAGUGCAAGAGAGGGAUGGAUGGGUUUGUGCAGUACACCUGGAUCUCUAAAAAAGCAUUUGAUAAAGUUCCACACAAAAGUCUUAUGUGGAAGUCAGAGAAUGAAGGAGGGCUAAAGGGAGCAAUGUUGAGAUAGACAGAAGAUUAUUGACAAGGGAAGGAAUUGAGAACAGUAAUCAGAGACGCUAAUUCAAGUUGGCGCAAAGUGACAAGUGAGGUACCACAAGGAUCUGUGUUGGCACCUAUUAUGUUUCAAAUAUAUGUAAAUGAUAUGACAGAGGAUCUAAAUAGUUAUAUAAACCUUUUUGCUGAUGAUGCAAAAAUAAUGAAAAUAGUAAAGGAUGAAAAUGACUGCAAGGAGUUACAAAAGGAUAUUGACAAGAUACAUACAUAGAGCCAAAGAUGGAAACUAGAAUUCAAUGCCAGAAAAUGCCAUGUGUUGGAAAUAGGAAAAAGUAAAAAGAUAUCUUCAUUGAAUUACAAAAUGGGAAGAGAAAUAAUAACAAAAAAUUCAUGAAGAAAAAGAAGGCACAUAAACAUAAUAUUUGGCUCUACAUACAGCCUUUUAACAGACAUUAGGGUGGCAUUUAACUAUUUAGAUAGAGAAGUAAUGAAGAAAAUUAUAACAAGAAUGAUAUAACCUAAAUUGGAGCACGCAGCGUUAGUUUGGGCUCCAAAUAGGAAAAAAAGAUAUACAGAAACUGGAAAGAAUACAGAGGAUAGCAACAAAGAUGGUACCAGAACUGAAAGACUUAAGCUAUGAAGAAAGACUUGAAGAGAUGGGAUUACCAAUGCUACAAGAGAGAAGAGUAAGAGGAGACCUGAUAACAAUGUACAAAUUAGUAAACAAUAUAGGAAGAAUAGACCGAAUUGACUUGCUAUCACAGAUGGAGGAGGGAGAGAGAUGGGCGAGGGGACAUGGGAAGAAAAUAAAGAAGAGUGGAUGUUUGAGCGGCACCAAGAAAUGCAGCUUCCUGUAUCAAACUGUUGAAAUCUGGAAUGAUUUGAAGGAAGAGGUGGUUGUGGCAAACAGUGUACACAUGUUUAAAGAGAAACUGGAUAAAUAUGGUUAUGGAGACAGGACAAAAUAAACUUUGGCUUGUGCCCUGUACAAUGCACACGCACACACACACACACACACACACACACACACACACACACACACACACACACACACACACACACACACACACACACACACACACACACACACACACACACACACACACACACAGAUACCAACAUCACCCUAUUCGCGUCAUACAUAAUACAACUUCAUAAACAGUGUUUCUCAUCUGUUUGAGAAUAAAAUAAAGAGUGGAUGUUUGAGCUACAUCAAAAAAUAGUUUCCCGUAUCGAACUCUUGAAAUCUGGAAUGAUUCGAAGAAAGAAGUGGUUUUGGCAAACGGUGUACACAUGUUUAAAGAGAAACUGAAUAAGCAUGGUUAUGGAGACAGGACAAAAUGAACUUUGGCUCGUGCCCUGUACAAUACAACUAGGUAAAUACACACACACACACACACACACACACACACACACACACACACACACACACACACACACACACACACACACACACACACACAUCAAUGUCACCCAGUUCAUAUUGCCAUGCAUUAUAUAACAUCAUAAACAAUGUCAAACAAUGUUUCACAUCCAUUUCUGAUGUUUUUUCACAUUUUCCUCACGUGCUGGUGAGUCUUGUGAUGCCCACUCAUCACAAAACUUCUUAGCCACUCCAUUGCCUUCUUGUUUACUGUAUAAAACUUUGUGUUCUUGUUAUUUAUUACAUUAAUAUGCUCUUUUACCAUGUUAAUGAGGAUUUCCUUAUCAAAAAAUGAUAAAGGAGUAGCCCAACAAACCGUCACUUCUUUGCUGGUUGCCAUGGUGACUGCAGCAGAUGUAAACAAAUUCGUGUUUCUCAUACAUUUUUUUCUGUCAGUGAUGUGCUGAGUUGGGCAGGAAUAUGAGAUGUAAGCAUUGGUGACCACUCAUGCUUGCCCACCCCGCUGAUUGACAACCUUGGUGAACUUUGGAUUUUUUUUAAAGCCAUCACUAGCAGACCUCUUGGGUGGUUUCCAAGACCCCAGCUUGGCCUUCAAGACACUUAACCAUACCAGGGUCUUCCUCCAGCAGCUCACCAGAAUAUAACUGGAUAACUUGCCUGCUGCCAGUACCUCCAGGCCUCUAGAGGUUGUGGCACCACAGCCUGCACAGCCCCUCAAAUCCCCAACAAGAACAAGAACACAACAGGAUAGUGGGAGUGAUGGCUUCAAGACACACUGCCACUGUACAGGGCAGCUGUUACUCUUGUACAUCAUGUGCUGCUUACAAGACUGUGCCUAAAAAUCUUAGAGGAAAAAGUAAAAGCUCACAGGACUGGUUGACGAGACAGCUAAAUGACCCUUAUGUGAAGUUGACCAAGCAACAUCAGCGCAGGCAUUGUCCAUGAUGCUUCCUGUGUUGUGGUUCCAUCAUGGCAAGCAUGGAAGUGCCUCUCACUCCAUCACCGCCUCAUGAUCAUUGAGAGCAUGGACACAGACGCUGAGGCCCUAGUGGGUACGUGGACCUCCUCAAUGGACAGAUGGACAGAGGCUGGUGUGCUGGCUACAUGUAUCAGGAGCAAAUCUCAACCUUCUUCUCCGUUGUGGCAACAGGGAUGACAUAUGAGAUGGCCAUGACCAGCACACCCCUUCAGGUGCUGCGUCUGCACCUGCCACACAGUCCAUCCUCUGAGGCCGUUGUCCUGCUCAUCUUCCCAAAGCCUCAGCGUUAUGACACCUAUGUGGAUGGUGUCUUUGUUCCCCCAGCCAACCUCAACACCUCUGCAGCCGGCUACAAGCUGUUGCCUGAGAACCCCACCCAUCCUCAGGCUUUCCUUCCCAUGUUGGACAAUGCAAUGGGGACCAGCUUCUUCCAGCGCAGUGCUAAGUUGGUCCAUGUGGUGCUGUGUGAAGGCCGCAUCCUUGACAUCAAGACCACACCCAUGAUCACCCUCACCAGUGGCCUCAUGGUGAAGGAAGAUGAAUUUUAUGAGCAGAACUUGGUGUUGAAUCUGGCCAGCCUGUUUGAGGUAUCCCCAAACAACAUCAGGGUCAUCAGUGUUAUGCAGGAGCUCUCCAAGAGACAGCAGGGAAGGCUGGAGGCUGAAGUGGCCAGUGCUCACACUACAAGCCUGAAUGGUGAGGAGGAGGAGGGAGCAAUUGGUGGGGAGGUGAUUCCCUACAAGAAGCUGGUGCAGAGUCUGGAGAAGGCCGUCAAUAGAUUCCAGGAUGGAUCAUGCAGCAACUGUGCCUCUCUCUCUUGGUGAGUGACUCCAUCGAGCCACCACCCAAGGAAGCCCCUCCAAAGGCCACAGAGGAGGAAGGCAGUGUUGUCAUUCUGGAUGCCAAGCUGUUCUACAAGCAGCAGGAGAAGGAGGUGGCAGAGAAGAUCAAGGAGAG